GGGUGACGGCGUGACUGCUUCCGGUUGUGCAGUUUGGGUUUCGGUUGCUGGCGGCAGGCGGCUGGGGCGUCAGGAGCUGUACUUCUACUAGAUGGGAUAACAUACAGACAUGUUCAGCUUUGAAGGUGAUUUCAAAACACGGCCCAAGGUUUCUCUUGGUGGAGCCAGCAGGAAGGAAGAAAAGGCUUCAUUGCUGCACCGAACCCAGGAAGAAAGAAGAAAGCGAGAGGAAGAAAGACGAAGGCAGAGGAACGCAGUUAUUAUUCAGUCCUUCCUCCGAGGAUACAGGGACAGAAAACAGCAACAUACGAUACAGCGAAGUGAAUUUGAUCAUUGUGUCUCCAUUGCACAAGCUGGCGGAAAUUUUUCUAUCAGUGACGGAUACAAUCUGACUGUUUUAAUAAGAAAGCUCUUAUUUUUUUACAAACAAAAUGAAGAUUUGGAGAGAUUGACAUGGAUUUGUCAAAAUUUGGUUAAGCAUAGUGGUUUGUAUGUGCAGCAACUAGUCGAUUCUAACAAACAAAUAUGUUUGUAUCAAAUAAAGCGCUUAUUGGCUUUAUGUUGCAGAUUACUGAAGAGCUGUAAUAAUGAAACCUUGAAUGUUACUGUGCCUUUGCGGAUGUUGGAGAUCUUUUCCUCAGAAAAAACAUAUCUGCCCUUUGUACGGGAUGUUAAUAGCGUAACAUCAAUAGUUGAACAAAUUUUGCACUACAUGGUUCAGAAAGGUUACUAUAAAUCACUUUACAUGUUAAUUAAUCAUAGGCUUCCGUCAAGUUUAGAGUAUUCUGAUAUUUCACAGAUUUCACGUGUUCCACUUGCAAUGACACUGUUGGAGAAUUUCUUGAAGCCCCUGCACUUUCAAUAUGCUUCAUGCCCAGAAGGUUCAAGGCAUCAAGUCUUUGCUAUAUUGGCAAAAGAAUUUUUCACUGCACCGUUCACAGAUCAGAUCUUCAACUUCCUUGUUCCAGCACUGUCUGCUGUGGGGACUUCCUUUCCUUACGUCCCUUUCCUAACUGCACUAUUAAUACCGAAAACAACCUCUUCAGUAGGACUUACUUAUACCAAGGAUAUGGCACCUUGGCUCCUUUACUUUGUUCUUGCUGUAGGUGAAUCACAGAUAGCAUUUCUGUCUGAGAAAGGCAUGCUUGUGUACCUAAAGAUGCUUCAGAUUAUUUUACCGCAGUUACCUGUUUCUUUGACUGAGUCAAAUGGCAAAGAAAUUGGUAGUGACUCAGAAAAUGAAGAGGAGGAGGAGCGCAAGAUGGUUACCAACAAAGGUAAUGGUAGAAUUUCAGUGAACAUAAUUACUGCGGAAUGUCUCAAGAAGCUGGACACUAAACAGCAAACAAAUGCCUUGCUUAACUUGGUUUGGAAGGAAUCUGUAAGUGAAGAUGUUUUCACUAUGAUGGCGUCAAUCUGCCACACACUGAUGGUGCAACACAGAAUGAUGGUUCCAAAAAUCAGACUUCUUUAUAGUUUGGCAUUUAACGCACGAUUCAUGCGUCACCUUUGGAAUUUGAUUACAUCUGUAACAACAAAAAUGAUAACAGGGUCUUUGGUCCCUUUGCUUCAUCUCAUCUCACGAGGCUCUCCAAUGUCACUUGAGGACUCUCAUCGGAUCAUACCUCUCUUUUACCUCUUUAGUUCCCUCUUCAGCCAUUCCCUUAUUUCAAUACAUGACAAUGAAUUCUUUGGAGAACAAGCUCAAGGAGGUGUGAGUGAACAUCCGGUUACAAUGAUGCCAUUCACUUUAAGAGAGUUAGUAACAUUAUCCCGUUGUCUCCGGGAUGCUUGUCUUGGAAUUAUUCAUUUGGCAUAUCCAGAAACUAAACCGGAGGUUCGUGAGGAGUACAUUGUUGCAUUUAAGAGCAUUGGUGUCCAUACAAAUGCAGAAAUGCAAGAACGAAUUGAGUCUGAGAGGAAAAGGUGGAUUCAACUCUUUAAGGUGAUCUCUAAUUUAGUGAAAAUGCUGAAAUCGAGAGACACAAGAAGGCAGUUUUGUCCACCUGAUCAUUGGCUUUCUGAUCAAGUUAAUAUAAGAGCUGAUAAGGUCACACAACUGUAUGUGCCCUCAGCCAGGCAUGUAUGGAGGAUGCGUCGAAUGGGAAGAAUAGGACCACUGCAAUCGACUCUCGAUGUUGGUCAAGAGCCAGCUCAGUUAUCUGUAGCUGAAGAGCGUCAUCUUGCCAUUUUAACUGAACUACCGUUUGUAGUUCCAUUUGAAGAACGAGUAAAGAUCUUCCAAAGAUUGAUCAUUGCUGAUAAGCAGGAAGUGCAAGGGGAAGGGCCACUUUUAGACGGGAUCAAUGUCAUAAUUCGACGCAAUUACAUCUAUGAAGAUGCAUAUGACAAGCUGUCACCAGAAAAUGAAUCUGACCUGAGAAAAAGAAUACGUGUUCACUUAUUAAAUGCACAUGGUUUAGAUGAAGCUGGAAUUGAUGGUGGAGGAAUAUUCAGAGAGUUUCUUAACGAGCUGCUGAAGACUGGCUUUAACCCGAACCAGGGAUUUUUCAAAACGACGAAUGAAGGACUUCUGUAUCCGAAUCCUGCAGCAAAAAUGCUGGUUGGGGACCACUAUACCAGACAUUAUUAUUUCCUUGGAAGAAUGUUGGGAAAGGCCCUAUAUGAAAACAUGUUGGUAGAGCUUCCUUUUGCCAGUUUCUUUCUGUCCAAACUCUUGGGCACUAGUGCUGAUGUUGACAUCCAUCACCUUGCCUCACUGGAUCCUGAAAUGUAUAGAAAUCUGCUCUUCCUGAAGAGUUAUGAUGGUGACGUUGAAGAGCUUGGUCUCAAUUUCACUGUGGUAAACAAUGAACUGGGGGAAGCACAGGUUGUGGAACUGAAGCUAGGUGGAAAGGAUAUUCCUGUGAGCAGUGCAAACAGGAUAGCCUACAUCCAUCUUGUUGCAGACUAUAGACUUAACAAGCAGAUUCGACCGCACUGUCUUGCAUUCAGACAGGGUGUGGCUAAUGUUGUGAACUUGGAGUGGCUGAGGAUGUUUGACCAACAAGAACUUCAGGUUUUGAUAUCUGGAGCACAAAUACCAAUCGACCUGGAGGACCUGAAAAAUUUCACCAACUAUUCAGGUGGUUAUUCAGCAGACCAUGCAGUUAUUAGAAUAUUCUGGAAUGUCGUAGAAAAUUUCACAAAUGAUGAAAAGCGGAAAUUGCUUAAGUUUGUCACGAGUUGCUCUCGACCACCAUUGUUGGGAUUUAAGGAAUUGUAUCCAGCGUUUUGUAUACACAAUGGCGGGACUGACCUGGAGCGUUUACCCACAGCCAGUACUUGCAUGAACCUUCUAAAACUUCCAGAGUUUUAUGAUGAAAGUCUUAUGAAGAGUAAAUUACUUUAUGCAAUUGAAUCAGCAGCAGGCUUUGAGCUAAGUUGAAGUAAAUAUGAGACACUGACAGUUGAGAAUGAUGGAUAGUGUUUACAACAUGUACCAACAAUCAAAGUUCUCACAAAGGGAAUGAAAUGAGUUGUGUAGAAUCAAAUGGGUUUUAAUAAAGUGAACUGCAAAGAUGAAGCUUCUUCUAAUCAUAUAUUUGUAGCUCAGAUGGAUGUAUGAUCAAAAGCUACUUUGGGCGUUUCUACUGUUAAGAUUGAGGCUAUGAUGCUCUGGGCCUGUGCUGUAUGGCGUUAACCAAAGAUUCAGCCAAUGUUAUAUGGUAAUUAAAACAGGCAAUAAAGCAAGCCAUAAUAAUGGAAGAUAUUUGCAUUUAAAAUAGGCUUUUCUUCAUUAGAAGCCUAUUUUUAUAUGGCAGUUUGUGGCUAAUGGUUUUUUUUUAAACUUCAUACUGGUUACUUGCAUUUUAAGCACAUAAACCAUGUAACUGCUGCAUUUUACUUUUUAAAAAGUUGCACAUUUCUUACAGUCUGUUUUAAAUCACAAUUAUGUCCCAAUAUGGAACCCAAUAAAACAUAGAGGCAAUUUACAGCCUAGAUUAAGAUUGUAUGGCGUGACAUUAUAUUAAUUAUAUGGCCUUUCUGCAUAACUGUGGUGAGAGUUCUGAAUAAGAUGCAUUAAGUGAAUGAGAUAUUAUGUGGACAGAUUACUUAAUCACAAUAGAAUUCAGCUUGCUCAUAUAAAUAAUUCUGUUAGGCCAUGGUAUAUGUGUUUAAGACAAAAUUUAGUCAGCAGUUUCUGUAAACAGAGAUGUGAAUACAUGUUUUAUCUGCAUCUGUGAAUACUAUUGUUUUUGUUCUGUAUCUGUACAGUUUUCUCUUGUGUAUUAAACCUCUGUACUAUCAAAAUAGUCCUUAUUGUUAAGAGUUGUAACUUUAACAACUAUUAAAAUUUGAAUAAUAGAGCUGAUGUGUCAUUUUGUACAUUUCUGUUAGGAAAGAUUACUGAGAAUUGCAUGAAAAACCACGGUUUAAGUAAAC